CGCACGCGAAUCGGACAAUUUCAUUUAAAAAAUAAAAUGUUUUAAUUAUUGUUAACAUAGAUUAGCCCUUCAUUAGAUCCGUUUGGUGUAAAUUCAAAUGUAGAAUGCAACAGAUAACAUAAAUAAUAGAACAAAAUUAUCUUAUUAAUCAGUACCUAAUAUUUUAAUGUGAAGUAUGGCCGUGGACAAAUUGAUAUGGAAGAUUAUUUUGGAUAUCCUUGUAUUAGCUUGUGUGGGUGUACCGUUGCUAGUCCUCCAUCUAAUCGCUGAACCGUACCACCGCGGUUACUUCGCCGACGAUGACAGCCUAAAGUUGCCAUAUAAAGAGCAAACGGUAUCCGAGGGUCUUCUGGCGGGAGUCGGAUUCGCUUUUAUUGUAGCCACGGUUGUAUUAAUCGAAAUAGUUCGUGACAAACAAGGAAAGGGCGUUGGCGAGAAGUUCCUCUCCGGUUCAUUGAUAUCAGGAUGGAUAUGGGAGAGUUACACCACUAUUGGCGUGUUUGCUUUCGGCGCGGCGUGCCAACAGAUGACCGUGAAUUCAGCCAAAUAUGUCAUAGGAAGACUAAGGCCUCAUUUCUUUGAUGUAUGCAAGCCAAUCCCAAGGGCGAUGUCAAGCUUGAAUAGCUCGGGUUAUAUCCAAGACUUCAGUUGCAUGAAUACAAAUGCAGCUCAACUAAAGGACAUGAGGCUGUCAUUUCCCAGCGCUCAUUCAAGCUUCGCUAUGUAUACCGCUAUUUUCUUCAUCUUCUACAUACAAGUGAAAGGCAAAUGGCGGGGAUCUAAGCUGUUAAGACACGGGAUACAAUUCGCUGUACUAAUUGCUGCGUGGUACGUGGGUCUGUCGCGGGUGGUAGACCACAUGCAUCAUUGGAGCGAUGUGGCUGUUGGCUUCGCUGUUGGUGCUGUGUAUGGAAUUAUUGUGUUUGUGUACAUAUUGAAACCUAAGAAAUACGGAGUUCCGGGCACUUGGGAGAUCACACAGCCAGAAAUCCUACCGAGACCGGUGCUCGCUCGAUGAUCUCUUGUAAAUUAAUUAACAAAUCUAUAACAUAAUUAUAUUUGACGAAAAGACUAAAUACGAGAUUUACAUUUAAAAUGUAAUUUGACUGACAGUGCACUACUACAGACGCAAAAAGGUCUCCAACCUGAUUUCGCUUUGUUAUUAAUAUUCUAUGUUGUUAAUAUUCUUGAACAGAUAUGUCUUGUCGCUGAUUGGUUAAAUAUUCGCUUCAACCACAGCUAUUGACCAAUGUCCAUUCAGAUUAAAGCCGAAUACAGGAGACUGAUUUCGUCCAAAAGAUAAGAAUUUAACUUAAAUAACAAUAAAUAUCUGUGAAAAUACUUCUUUACAAAACUAUUAAAACCUAAUAAAAUAUAUGUUAAAGAAAAAUAUAAUUAUGUCACUUUAAUUCUAAGAUUAAUUAUUUUUAUUUAUUAAAAAGGUUAAAGUUUAUGUUAUGUAAAGUAUACGCUUUCAAAAUCCAUUGACUCCAUUGAUGGCUUUUAUUAUAGCGUCUUUUUACCAAUUUAAUUUUAACGAAGUAUGACGAAACAUAACAUGAAAACAUUUGCCAAUGCAAAUGUUUUCAUCAUAAAGCCUUAACGUAUUAUAUAUUAUAAUUUAAAAUCGAAAAACAGAUACAGCAAACAGCCGCCGUAAUUAGUCGCCUCGCUUAAAAUUACACUGUAACGUAAUUAUUUAAUGGAAAAUUUCACUCGUAAAAUACGCUUACUUUUAGCAAAGCAUAAAAUAUUUUACCAUCUGCUAUUACUAUGGCAUUUAAUGUACGAAUUAAUAAAGCUUAAUUAAUUCGUACAUUAAGGAGUUUAAGUUAUCGAUUGGAACUCACGACUUUACUUAUAAAUGUCUAGGGGGUGAUUAGUUAAACAAUACUGUCUUCUUCCUUCGAAUGUAAACCAAUGAUGAUAAAAAGAGACAUUCAAUGGUUUACUUAAUACCUACUAAAAACGUUUAUAAGUUAGACCGUUAAUUUUGACAUACAAUCACUUAUAGUAAUAAAAACCAUUUCUGACCAAUGGCUGCCAACUAUAUAGACAUCCUAGGACCCAUUUGGUAUAUAUGAAUCAACAGUUAAUUUUUAGGUACAUAUAAUUUUUGAUGAUUGGUAUACAGGGACGACUACAAAAGACCAUCAUCGACAUAUCAUCGACGCCAUUUUUUGUACCUUAUUAAGCGUACCUUAUUAAGUUUCUUCUGUAAUGUUUAGGAACCAGGGGCUUCACUAUACUAAACUGUACAUCCUAUCCUUAUAUAUUAUAACAAUGUAAAAGCGACGUAACUUGAAAAGCAACAUGACGGACUGUAACGGACUGGGACUUUUGAAUUCCAAUUGAAUUUGCUUAUGUGGUAUCUACAUUAUUUAUAGUAAAUAUAAGAGUAUUUUUAUUAAUAUAUACUUAUUUAAAAAAAUUAAAUUAUGUACCUAAAUUAUCGCCAGUAUUGUUAUAGACUUAGACAAUAAGAUAUAUAUUAAAUUUUUAUUUAAACACA